AAUUUCCAGCCCAUUUGUUCAUGAAAUUAAUUCAUACAAAUAAAAAAGAAAAAAUCUAUGAUUUCUUUUUUUUUCUACGAUUUUUUCUUGGUCGCCCACAAAGAACAAAUCAGCGAAUCCCAGCGGGAGUUGGCUUCUUUUCCCUCUCAUUGUUUCUUCAAUCCCUUAUACCAAUCCAGUCAACUCCCUCUCCUUCUAGGAGAAAAAUACUGAAUCAAUUAAAUUCUUUGGUCAUUUAUACACGAAAGAUACAGAUAUAUACACAUAUAUAUUGAAGGGAUGAUGUAUUGUUGAUCAAUUGGUUGCUCUAAAAAAUCUUCUUAUUUCCCAAGAGAGAAAAAGGAAAGCAAAAAAAAAAAAAACCAAUUUGGAAUAUUUAACAUGGCUUCCGAGAUCGAGGUAGUGGAAGAAGUGGAAUCUGGAGAUCGGAAGCAGCCGGCGGCCGAGGUGGUGGUAGAGGAUGGGAGCCUGCGGAACGAUGUCUACACGGCGGCGGCUUAUGGGGACAUGGAGAAGCUGCAGUGCCUGGUUGAGAGCGAGGGUUGCUCCGUUUCUGAGCCUGACGCCCAUGGUUACUAUGCUCUCCAAUGGGCCGCCCUCAACAACCGCACUGCAGCCGCACAAUACAUCAUCGAGCAUGGGGCUGAUGUUCAUGCAGCAGACCAUACUGGCCAGACGGCUCUGCACUGGAGUGCCGUGAGGGGCGCAAUCCAAGUUGCUGAGCUUCUAUUGCAAGAGGGUGCUAGAGUCAACGCUGCUGAUAUGUAUGGCUAUCAGACAACACACGUUGCUGCACAGUAUGGUCAGACAGCUUUCAUCUAUCAUCUUGUAACAAAGUGGAAUGCGGAUCCUGACGUUCCUGACAAUGAUGGAAGAAGCCCUAUGCACUGGGCUGCAUAUAAGGGCUUUGUGGACUGCAUACGUCUUUUGUUAUUUCUAGAUGCAUAUAGGGGACGUCAGGACAAAGAAGGUUGUACCCCUCUUCACUGGGCUGCUAUUAGGGGUAAUCUAGAAGCAUGCACUGUGCUGGUGCAAGCUGGGAAAAAAGAAGAUCAAAUGGUAGUAGAUAAUACUGGCCUCACGCCUGCACAGCUUGCUUCCGAUAAGAAUCACAGACAAGUCGCCUUUUUCCUUGGGAAUGCUAGAAGUUUGUUUGACAAACGGUGUGAUGGAAACAGCCGCCUUGCCAAACUCUCAAAAUUAGGACUUGUCCCAAUACUCUGGUGUAUAAUAUUUUUGUUACUUGUGGUAUAUGUUCAUUCAGUUGUUACGGCAUCAAACCUGCCAAAAUUAACAGCUGGUUUUGGUCUUCUUGCUUGGAUGGGUGUGCUCCUGGCAUCCUCCAGACUCAUUCUGUUUUAUAGGUGCAGCAGCAAGGAUCCAGGAUACAUCAGAAUGAAUGUACACGACUCACAAAACGUGAAAGAUGAUGAACCUUUGCUGAAGAUUGAAAUAAAUAAUCCUGCUUUGCUUGCUGGGAACUGGUCUCGGCUUUGCGCCACUUGCAAGAUUGUCAGGCCUCUACGCGCGAAGCAUUGUUCCACCUGUGAUCGCUGUGUUGAACAGUUUGAUCAUCAUUGCCCUUGGGUAUCUAAUUGCAUUGGGAAGAAAAACAAGUGGGAUUUCUUCUUGUUUCUGCUUCUGGAAGUUCUGGCCAUGUUGAUUACCGGAGCAGUGGCUCUCACAAGAGUGUUGACUGACCCAACAGCUCCAUCUUCCUUUGGUGCAUGGUUGAACCAUGCGGGAAAUCAUCAUGUUGGUGCUAUAUCAUUUUUAAUUGCAGAUUUUUUCCUCUUAUCUGGUGUGGCAGUCUUAACUGUUGUACAGGCUUCUCAGAUUGCCCACAACAUUACAACAAAUGAAAUGGCAAAUUCAAUGCGUUAUAGUUAUCUCAGAGGAGCUGGGGGCCAAUUCAGAAACCCAUAUGAUCAUGGCUGCAAGAAAAAUUGUACAGAUUUCUUGAUAAAUGGAUACAAUGUAGACGUGGAGUAUGAUGAAGAAUCAAGUCAAUCUGAAGGGACUUCGAUGAGGCAAAUGGCUCGGAACUCAAACCUGUUGAACGGAAUCAGCCAUGCUCAUCAAGCAAAUGGAAAUGGCCAUGUAGCAAUCGAUGUGAAUAACAAAAACACACAUCGUGGGCAUGUUCAUUCUUCUCAAUGUAGCCAUAGCCAGAAUCACAGUAGAAAAACUGAUUCUGCUCCUUUAGGUUUGGGUAUAGGUUUAGGACGAAAUGCUGCCUGUUCUGCAUCUGCAUCGUGAUAAUAUUGUGCCAUAGGUUUGAGAAGACGCCAUUUUUUAUUUUUAUUUUUUUUUAAACGCACACGUUUAGCUUCUUUAAUUCAAUUAUUUGCUGCUGCUUA